UAACUCUCACUACUAGGGAGAGACAAAGAAAAGGAAAGCACAGCCAAAGCAAAUACAAUCUCUCUCUCCCACUCUCUCUGGUUUCCUUUUCCCUCUUAUAUUUGCCAAAUUCAUCAACCACCACACCCCAAUAACCACCGGCACCGGCAUGUGUGAUCCAGCGUCGUUUCGUUUGUUCUAAUAAUCUCUUUGAUUUUUAAGAUUGAGAGAAAGUGGUGCGUUUCAAGAGAUAUAUAAAAACAGAAAUAGAGAUUAAAGGUAAUGGCGAUUGAAGAAGACGUAGAGAGCUGCGGAAGUAGAGCAAUAGGAGGAGUAGGAGAAUCGUACUCACAAACAACAAAUCCACGCCAGCAUAUGCAAAAACUAGAAGUUUACAGCGAAGUGCUUAGACGAAUCCAAGAUUUUAAUUUUGAAGAAGCUAAUCUUCCUGGUUUUGAUGAUCAGCUUUGGCUCCAUUUCAAUCGUCUACCUGCCAGAUAUGCGUUGGAUGUGAAUGUGGAGAGAGCAGAAGAUGUGCUUACGCAUAAAAGAUUAUUGCAAUUAGCAGAAGAUCCUUCUAAUCGACCUGCAUUUGAAGUUCGUCUUGUGCAGGUCUAUCCUAUCUCCAACGGAAUGUUUAUUGAUUCUGCCCAUUCAGAUAGUGCAAUGAAAGAAGAUGCACAAAGUUCUUAUUUCUCAAACAUACAGGGGAUUCAUCCACCACCUACAUUUGGUUCAUCACCUAAUCUUGAAGCACUUGCAUUUCAAGCCAAUAGAUAUCAUUUUGAAGAAGGAGAUAGUGCUGUAAAUUCAACAUCACGCCUUUCUCGGCCUAUGCAUGAGAUCACUUUUUCAACAGUGGAUAGGCCAAAACUGCUCAGUGAGUUGACAUUCCUACUUGCGGAGAUUGGAUUGAACAUUCAAGAAGCUCAUGCUUUUUCCACUGUUGAUGGGUUUUCUUUGGAUGUUUUUGUUGUUGAUGGCUGGCCACGAGAGGAAACUGAGGAGCUUAGAAAUGCUUUGGAAAAGGAAAUCUUAAAGUUUAAGGAGCAGUGUAGUUCUAAACAGCCUUCUGUUUCUGCUGUGAGCAAGCAGAAUGACAUAAGGGUUGAAUCUCUUCCUGACUACAUAGAAAUACCUAGUGAUGGAACUGAUGUCUGGGAAAUUGAUUCCAAUCAGUUAAAAUUUGAAAACAAAGUUGCAUCUGGAUCAUAUGGAGAUCUGUACAAAGGCACAUAUUGUAGUCAGGAUGUGGCUAUCAAAGUCCUCAAGCCUGAGCGUGUCAGUGCUGAAAUGCUUAGAGAGUUUUCCCAAGAAGUUUAUAUAAUGAGGAAAAUUCGGCAUAAGAAUGUUGUGCAAUUCAUAGGUGCAUGCACCCGACCUCCAAACUUGUGCAUUGUGACUGAGUUCAUGGCUAGAGGAAGUAUAUAUGACUUUCUGCAUAAACAGAAGGGUGUUUUUAAGCUUCCAUCUUUAAUCAAAGUGGCAACUGAUGUCUCCAGGGGAAUGAAUUAUCUUCACCAAAAUAAUAUAAUUCACAGGGACCUGAAAACUGCUAAUCUUCUGAUGGAUGAAAAUGAAGUUGUUAAGGUUGCUGAUUUUGGAGUUGCCAGAGUGCAAACUCAUUCGGGUGUAAUGACAGCUGAAACUGGAACAUACCGCUGGAUGGCUCCUGAGGUCAUUGAACACAAACCAUAUGAUCAUAAGGCAGAUGUUUUCAGUUUUGCAAUAGUGUUAUGGGAGCUCUUAACAGGAGAACUCCCAUAUGCCUACCUAACCCCCUUGCAAGCAGCUGUAGGCGUGGUGCAAAAGGGCCUGCGGCCUACAAUCCCCAAGCAUACUCAUCCAAAACUUGCAGAACUGCUUGAGAGAUGCUGGCGACAAGAUCCAGCUCAAAGACCCAACUUCUCAGAAAUUAUAGAUAUCCUUCAUCAGAUAGCAAAAGAGGUUCCAAAUGAGAGGGAGGAUAGACGCAAGGAUAAAUCUGCCGGUGGCUUUUUUUCAGCACUGAUAAGGGGUCACCACUAAGUUGGGAGAAGAGACCAGCUGUUAAUAAUGCAUCCAUGUGCAGGCAAUUUUCAUCUUACAUAUAUUUAAAUUGUACAAAUGCUUCUUCUUUUUUCUAACACAGUAUUAGCUUCAUGUUUUUCCCUUUUUUCUUCAAUAUAAGCUCAUAGGUCUUUGUCCUUUUA